AUGGCAACUCGACGGUUGCUGGGUUUUUUCCGGAGCCGCCCAUUUGCUACUCGCGCGCGGACCAAUUCUCGAUCACUGAGCACGCUGGUCCUGGGGGAGCACGAGGGAGGUGCGGUUAAGGACUCAUCGUUAAGUGCUGUGGAGGCUGCUAAAUGCUUGGGUGAGGACAAUUCAAUAUCUUUGCUGCUUGCUGGUUCAGGUCCUUCCUUACAUGAAGCCGCUGCCCGUGCUGCCUCAUCACAUCCUUCGAUCUCUCAGGUCCUUCUUGCUGAUUCAGACAAGUUUACAUAUCCUGUAGCCGAACCAUGGGCUAAGCUAGUACAUAUUGUACAGCAGAAAGGCUGCUACUCACACAUAAUUACCGGAUCAGGUUCUUUCGGAAAAAAUAUUCUCCCUCGUGCAGCAGCUCUUUUGGAUGUUUCUCCCAUUACUGAUGUCACCGAGAUUAGCGGGCCUAACAUUUUCGUCAGGCCAAUAUAUGCUGGUAAUGCUCUCAGUACUGUUCGGUACACUGGCUCAGACCCCUGCAUGUUGACCAUCCGGUCUACGUCAUUUCCUUCCGAGCCUGUGUCAGCUAAUUCCGUAUCUAAUGCUGCAUCCAUUGAUAAGGUUGACCUUUCAAACCUCCACCAAGAUGAUGCGGUUGGAAAAUCAAAGUACAUAAGUCUUUCCUCUCAAGAUACAGAGCGCCCUGAUCUUGGUAAUGCACGUAUUGUUGUCACGGGGGGACGAGCUCUAAAAAGUGCCGAGAAUUUCAAAUUGAUUGAGAAGCUUGCUGAGAAACUUGGCGCUGCAGUUGGAGCAACUCGUGCUGCUGUUGAUGCUGGAUUUGUCCCGAAUGAGCUUCAGGUCGGUCAGACAGGAAAAAUAGUUGCUCCUCAGUUGUACAUGGCUUUUGGUGUCUCUGGAGCUAUUCAACACUUAGCAGGCAUGAGAGAUUCUAAAGUCAUUGUUGCUGUAAAUAAGGAUGCUGAUGCGCCUAUUUUUCAGAUUGCUGAUUAUGGGCUUGUAGGGGACCUUUUUGAGAUCAUACCAGAAUUAUUGGAGAAACUUCCAGAUCAAAGAUAG